AACAAUUUAACGACUGAAUAACCAAUUUUGAACCAGUAACUGUUUACGAGUCACGCCAGUGAGUGUGUUCGUUGCGGUACCAGAUUUGAACAAAAAGAACGUUUUGUGUUAACUCCAAAAUGGCCAAAAUAAGUGUGGAUUUACCAGAUAUAGAGAAUCUGAUGGCCUUACAGCCAAAAGUCAGGAAGUAUGUAAAUUUGGUACCUACAGCAACCACAAAAAAGAACAAGGAACAUUGGAAAAGAAACGCAGAUAACAACUGUAAGAAAUGCCCCAGCCUCGAAAACGACUUCACAGACAUAAAACCAACCACCCUCAGUGAACGCGCAGCUUUGAAAGAAGCAGCCAGGUGUUUGAAAUGCGCUGAUGCCCCCUGCCAAAAGUCAUGUCCAACUCAACUAGACAUCAAAUCCUUCAUAACAAGCAUCGCCAACAAGAACUAUUACGGGGCUGCCAAAGCCAUCUUCUCCGACAACCCCUUGGGUAUCACAUGCGGCAUGGUUUGUCCUACCAGCGACCUCUGUGUGGGAGGCUGCAAUCUGCAAGCAAGUGAAGAAGGCCCUAUCAAUAUCGGUGGAUUGCAACAGUUUGCCACUGAAGUGUUCAGCAAGAUGGGAAUUAGGCAGAUUAGAGAUCCCAAGACACCUUUACCGAAAUAUCCUUCCAAGAAGAUUGUGCUGUUAGGAGCUGGACCAGCUUCUUUGUCUUGUGCUACUUUCUUGGGGAGAUUGGGUUAUAAUAACAUCACCAUUUACGAGAAGGCCCCAUAUGCUGGCGGACUGAGCUCUAGAGAAAUUCCCCAAUACCGUCUGCCCAUCGACAUAGUCAACUUCGAAAUCAACAUGGUCAAAGAUUUGGGCGUGAAGAUCGAGUACGGAAGAGAACUAUCCACCAAAGACCUCACCCUAGAAAAACUCCUCAAAGACUCAGCUGCAGUCUUCGUUGGUAUCGGCUUGCCCCAACCAAAGGUAGAUCCGAUCUUUGUAGGCCUCACCGAAUCCAUGGGUUUCUACACAUCCAAAUCCUUCCUUCCUAAAGUCUCAGAAGUCAGCAAGAAGGGUCUAUGCGCCUGCAAAUCUUCCAAAGACUUGCCACGUCUAGGUGGAAACGUCAUAGUUUUGGGAGCUGGUGACACUGCCUUCGACUGCGCAACAUCCGCUUUGAGAUGUGGUGCAAGAAGGGUUUAUGUUGUGUUCAGAAGUGGUUUUACUGAUAUCAGGGCCGUACCUGAAGAGGUGCAAUUAGCAGUGGAGGAGAAAUGUGAGCUCAUAGGAUUCCUCACCCCAGACUCUGUGACCGUUAAAGGUGGUAAGAUCGUAUCUGUGACAUUUGCAAGAAGGGAACAAAAUGAUGACGGCCAGUGGAUUGUUGAUAAGGAACAACUGACAACGUUGAAGGCUAACUACGUUAUUACUGCGUUUGGAUCUGGAAUUGAGAGCUCAGAUAUUGUUGAAGCAUUGAGCCCCAUCAAGCUUACCAGGAGUAAUCUUCCGGAGAUUAACACCAACACUCUGGCAACGUCGCAUCCCCAAGUGUGGUGCGGUGGUGACCUGGUUGGGGUUGGAGGCACCACAGUGGAGGCAGUAAACGACGGUAAAGUGGCAGCUUGGCAGAUCCACUGCCAUCUAGAAGGACUUCCUAAGGACACCAAGCCAAAAUUACCUCUUUUCUUCACCGAGAUAGAUAUGGUGGAUAUUUCUGUAGAUUUUUGCGGUAUGAAGUUUGAGAAUCCCUUCGGAUUAGCUUCUGCCCCGCCUACUACAAGUACAGCUAUGAUGAGAAGGGCGUUUGAACAAGGUUGGGCGUUUGCUGUCACCAAAACUUUUACUUUAGAGGACAUGAUGUGCACGAACGUUUCACCUAGAAUAGUCAGAGGAAUAACAUCAGGUCAAAACUUCGGACCCCAACAAGGUUCCUUCUUGAACAUCGAAGUAUUCUCCGAGAAAUAUACGGAGACUUGGAUCAGAGGCAUUGCAGAAUUGAAGAAAGAUUUCCCUAACAAGAUAGUGAUUGCAAGUAUAUCGGCGCCAUUUGUAGAGGAAGAUUGGUUCGCCUUGUCAACAAGGUGCGAAAAAGCUGGGGCAGAUGCAUUAGAACUCAAUUUGUCAUGUCCUCAUGGUGUAGGCGAGAGAGGCAUGGGAUUGGCUUGUGGCCAGAAACCAGAAUUAGUCGAACAAAUUUCAAAGUGGGUCACUACAGCUGUAAAGAUUCCUGUUUUCAUCAAAGUUACACCAAAUGUGACAGAUGUGGUCGAUAUUGCUAGGGCUGCUCAAAAAGGUGGUGCACAUGGAGUGGCAACUAUAAACACAGUUUCUGGAUUGAUGAGUCUCACAGCCAAUGGAUCACCUUGGCCAGCAGUUGGAACUGAGAAAAGAACUACGUAUGGUGGAGUCAGUGGAACUGCAACAAGACCUGUAGGCUUAAAAGCUGUAUCUUCCAUAGCCCGUGCCUUACCUGAUCUCUGUAUUCAAGGUGUUGGUGGAAUAGAUUCUGCAGAAUCUGCUCUUCAAUUCAUACAGUGUGGUGCAGGUGUUCUGCAGGUGUGCAGUGCUGUUCAAAAUCAAGAUUUCACCUUAAUUGAUGACUACUGCACUGGACUAAAGGCUCUGUUAUAUCUAGAUGGACGUUUAUCUGGUUGGGAUGGACAAAGUCCACCUACCUUCAAACAUCAACUGGGGAAACCUGUUAUCAGUCUUUAUGAUUCAGAUGGCAAGAAAUUGCCCAAUUUUGGAGAGUAUAAGAAGAAGAGGGAACAACAAUUAGCAAAUUUACAUAAAGAUGGUACUUACGAAGAAAAACUUGUGUUGCAUCAUGGUGACCCUAAUAAAGACAUACUGAAUUUCCCUAGCAGCAAUAGUAUCAAUGGAUUCAAGACUGUACCUAAAGUCAAAGACGUACUUGGUAGAGCACUAAAUAAUAUAAGAACUUAUGGAGAAUUAGAUAAUAAAAAACAAGUUGUAGCUCUUAUAGACGACGAUAUGUGUAUCAAUUGUGGAAAAUGCUACAUGACCUGCAAUGAUUCUGGUUACCAAGCUAUCAGAUUUGAUGCUAAAACUCACAUUCCUAAAGUAACAGACGAUUGUACUGGAUGUACAUUAUGUUUAUCAGUUUGUCCCAUAAUAGAUUGUAUAUCAAUGGUACCUAAAACAAUUCCACACGUGAUCAAAAGAGGAUUCAAAGGAGAUCAACCAGUGGAGCUGGUUCAUCCUUUGAAUGGUCAAGUUGUUGGGUAAAAAUCUAUUUGUGUGCGGAGGUCUACAAGAUACGAAGAUGAUAUUUUUCGAACAAAUUUUUAUUAUUACAGAAUGUGAUGUAGAUGUAGAUUUAAAUCACUGAAUGAAGCACUGUGCAUUAUGCAAUGUAUUUUCAUUCAAUAUUGUUAUUGAUUUUUUAUGUAAUUGAUACAUCUCACAUAAGUACAGAUAUAACAUCAAUAAAUGCUAUUUAGCUAG